CGAAACCAUAGAAAUCAGAGAAGUGAGCGAGCCACCGAGUUGAGUUCACCUUCAAACUUCCCACCCACUCACUUGUUUACUGUCGCAUCCUCUCGUUAAAUUGCCGGCGACCCGGUAACCUCGGUGACUCAGUGAAUCUGACCAGUAGAGAAGGGAAAACAAAAAAUGGUGGCCGAGUUGAAGUACGAGAUCUCACAGAACGCUUACAUAAAGUUGGUUCUACAAGCGCUGAAGCACAAAACGACGGCGGUCAACGGCGUCUUACUCGGCCGAGUCAACCCGCAAAAUGAAAACGUUGUUGAGAUCAUUGACUCAGUCCCUCUCUUUCACUCUAAUCUUGCUUUAUUGCCUCCCCUCGAGAUCGCCCUCAUCAUGGUAGAGGAGCAUUAUGGAUCUCAGGGAUUGGGAAUUGUGGGCUAUUUCCAUGCAAAUGAGAGGUUUGAUAAUGCAGAGCUAGGCAUUGUGGCAAAGAAUAUUGGUGAUCAUAUUUGCCGGUACUUUCCCCAAGCUGCUCUUCUCUUGUUAGAUAACAAAAAGCUGGAAGCUUUGUCUAAGGAGAAAGACCAGAGUCCUGUGAUGCAGCUAUAUAUAAGGGAUGCAUCCAAGAACUGGAAACUGGUUAGACCGGAUGGAGGCAGCCGAUUGGUAAUUAAGGAGCCUGCUGCAAAUGUUGUUUUGUUGGAUUUCAUUUCAUCUGAAAAAUGGCAGGAUGUUGCAGAUUUUGACGAUCACCUUGAUGACAUUAAGAAGGACUGGCUUAAUCCAGAUCUCUUCAAGUAAGAUCCUUCAUUGGUUGGUCGAAGGUAAUGGUUGAUGCAGACACUUGUCCUGGAGACCAUGAAGUAGACAAUGAAUUGGAUGAACCAUGGGCUUACGGAUAUUUUAUUCGCCAGGGGAUUUUGUUGUGACGUAUUAACCGAUUUGUUAUAAGAUCAGGAUGAAUACCAUCAACAUUUCUUUAGCGGAAAGACAUGUGUUUUAAGAUCCAUUGUUUUAGAAUUUGUAAGUGGAAAUGCAAUGCCAUUCUGUUUUGAA